AUUUGUAACUUAAAGUGAUAAUGGUAAUUGUGUGAUGAUUUCCAAACUUUUAACUAUAGAGUUAUAUUAUUAAGCGAGAUGAAAUAUCCAUGGCUAAACAUCAGACCCCAUAGAACACUGCAUAACUGCUGCUACGUGAUGUAUUGUUCAUCAACAUGAUUUAGGGUGAUUCCUACCGGUAACAUAUUCAUAACUUUGUCGAAAAGCAAAGAAAAAUCAGACCGAUUGAAGCUUAAUUCACUUAUAAAUUUAAUAGAACCAUUGGUUCAUGUAUUUUAAUAUAUCAACACUUGUUUAGUUGUUUUUUCCCAAUGGGAAUUGAUUGGAGAGUUUUAUUUAUCACCCAACGUUAGUGCUGAAGACUGGUCAACAUUACCAUCCAUCGAUUCCUGGAUUUCACUUAUAAUUUUUUUAAGUCAAACAAUUUAACCCAAUUCUAAAUAACAGAAGUUCACCAUUCACAACAUGUUGUGUAUAAUUUCAGCUAAUUGACAUCAUCAUGGGGUGUUUUAAACUUUAUAUUUGGUACUUGACAAAAAUAAAACGUACUUUCAUCGCAUGGCAUUGAAGUAGACUACAUAGCAUAUCAGGAACAGUUAGAUUCAUAUUAAAUAUUAGUUCAAACAAAGAAUACGUUAAAUACUCGUCAUAUGUCCCGCUUCUACUUAUUGGUUCCAUGUAAUUUUGUCUGUACUCUCUUCAAUGUCGAUCAAGCAACUUGGUUUAUUUCAUAUUCCUUCUUUUAUCCUCUUUCUAUUUAUAUUUUUAAGCACAAAUAAUGACAGAAAAGUCAGACGAUAAUGUUCAGUUAUCAGUUGAUUUGGAUGAAAAUGAAGUGACUGGUAAAAAUACCAUAUAUUUAGCACAUGAUUUAACACAAGAAGAAAAACGUACUGCUGAUGUUUUAGGAGAGAACGUAUCAAAUGAAACUUGUGCUAAAAGUCGUAAUAUACAUUUCAAAGACUUACAAUUAUCUACACCAGUAUUACAUGGACUAUACGAUGCUGGAUUUAUUCGACCAUCACCUGUACAAGUUAAAGCUAUUCCUUUAGGUCGAUUAGGUAUGGAUUUAAUUGUUCAGGUACGAAACUUUAUGUUUAUUUAUAUGUAGACUUUUUAAGCCAAGUUGAAAUAUUAUAAUUUUCAGGGUCAAUAAAAUUCGAAUUGUAAAGAAUAUUGGUUGAUUGUAAUGAUAUUUACUGAUUACGAUAUAUAGAUAUAUAUCAUUAACUUUAAUAUAAUGGUUCAAAAAUUAUCAAAGGCUAGGAAUGGCUACUUCUAAAACAUUUUAUAUUAGGAUUGAACAAUAAUUCAGUAUACUUCCUGUCGUUCUCACCUGUUCGUUAAAUAAUGCAGCAUUGUUAGUGAAGCAAUGGCUCAGUGUUUAAGGCGUCCGACUUUCGGUUACUAACCUCCAUCUGAGCGAUCACGUGGUAUCAAUACCUGUCACACAUAAAGUGUAGCUCGAAGCUAAGUAUACUAAUAUGUAACUGGCUAAAUCUGGUACCGGUAAAACGGUUGUCUUUGCUGUAGUUAUUUUGGAAGCAAUCAAUGUAAAACGACCUACUAUACAAGCAAUUGUUUUGUCACCAACUCGCGAAAUUGCAUUUCAAUCACAAAUGGUUAUUGAACGAUUAGCCAGUCAUAUAUCUGGUUUAAAAUGUCAUCUAUUUGUCGGUGGCUUACCCUUAGCUGAUGAUUUACGUCAUUUAUCCGACUGUCAUAUUGUUGUCGGUACACCAGGACGCGUUCGAUAUUUAUUAGAAGCCGGUUAUCUAUCUACUGAACAUGUAAAGCAAUUUGUAUUAGAUGAAGCUGAUCUACUUUUAUCUGGUGGUACAGAUGCUAAAUUAACUGGUGGUAGUGCAAAUAAUGCAUUUCCAGCUGAUAUUAAUUACAUUUGGUGGAGUUUACCACAAUCUAAACAAGUAUUAGCUUUGUCAGCUACCUAUACGGAUUAUUUAGUCAAUGAACAUCUUCCACGUUAUAUGAAUGAUCCAGCAAUUGUACGAUUAGCUGUCAAAGACCCAGCUUUAAUAGGUGUACGACAAUUUUUCCAUAUUAUUCAACCAACAACACUUGCUCCAAUUUCAAUAUUUGAUGCUAAAAUAAAAUUUCUAUGCAAAUUACUUAAUGCUACUGAAUUUCAACAAUGUUUAAUUUUUUCAAAUUUUCACAACAAUGCUCAAGAUUUAUGUGAUGCAUUGUGUUCACGUGGUUGGCCAGUUAGUUAUAUAUCUAGUAGUUUAGAACAAAGUGAACGUUUUCGUGCAUUCAAUAAAUUGCGUACAUUCCAGUGUCGUGUACUUAUUACCACAGAUUUAACUUCGCGUGGGAUCGAUGCGGAAAAUGUCAAUCUCGUAAUCAGUCUAGAAGUUCCCUGGGAGCAUGAAACUUAUGUACAUCGAGUGGGACGUGCUGGUAGAUUCGGAAGCUACGGAGCUUCUGUAAUUAUUGUUUCAGAUGUGGGUGAUGAAUGUGAUCUAUUAAAAAAGUUACAAGCUAACUGUCCAACACAAAUUCGUGAAUUACCGGAUCCUAUACCAUCAGAUUUGGCAACAUCGAAUUGCUCAAUUGAGCUGGAUAAUUUAGUGACAGUAACAAAUCGUAUGAAUAAUAUUCAACCACGUGUAAUCAGGAAGACAACUACACCAAAAAUCAAAAGAACCGAAACUAAUAGUAAACUACACAAUCAUUCAAUUCAAUCAUCCAAUGAAUUAUCAUCAUCAUCAUUGUUUAAACAAAAUGAAGAGAAUAUUGGUGAGAAAAAAUUUAUUUCUACUAAUUUAACAGACUCAAAAAAGAAACAAAUGAAAUCUAUUGCAAACGAUAAUCAUUAUCAGUCAAUGAAUGAUCAAGAUGCUUUAAUUGUACGGUUAUCAAAAUAUAUGGAUAUAAUAGAAUCUGAAAUCGAUUCUGUAUCGCCGUUGGGUACCACUAUAGCUUGGGAAAAUAAAUCUGCACAAAAUGUGGAUGAAAUUGAAAAAAAUCUUCUAAGUUUCUUCACCAAUUAUCAUAAAAAUGGUAUGCAGAUAUCGAAUAAUUCAGAAAUUUCAAAAAAUGCAAACAGUGUUGAUAACAAGUUUAUUAACAAUCCUAAAGCUAAUCAGCAACUUAACCGGCAUGAUCACCAUGAAGGCGAUAUUUGUUGUACAACUGCAGAUGAUGAUAGUAAUCACGACGAUGCUGUGAACGAUAAGAACGUCAAAACGAAAAACUCCACAUCAUAUUUUAAGAAAUAUCCUUCAACAACAAAUGAUAUUUACUGGACUUCUAGACAAAUUUCAGCUUGGUAUGAAUAUCAUAAAUUAGUAGACUAUGCAAAUUAUUUUUAUAAUGAAUGGUAUUCUGCUAUAAAAGAAUAUGAUCAAGCUGUGACCCAUUUAAAUCAAUUGCGAAGAUUGCAGCAUUGUACAGAUUAAUAAAAAGAAACAGUGUCAAAUAAUUCCUUCCACUGAACGUUGAGUUUUAGUCCGAGACUGUUUGCUGGUUCCUUUUGUUAGAGUCCUUUAAUUAGUGAGGGAAAUACUUUGUACAUUAUAUUACAUCAUAUAUAUAUAUAUAUAUAUAUAUAUAUAUAUAUAUAUAUAUAUGAUGAGAUACAAUUUAAUAUCGAAAACAAAUCAGUGUUAUUUCCAGUCAUUAUGAUAGUUGUUGUUGAUUUUAACAUAAUUAACACAAUUCUACGUGUCUAGUUUUGGAAAUCUGUUUGUUCCACUGAAAAAAUCCACGUCCAAAAUUUUACACACAGCACAAGUCUUUCAACAAUUUCAAUUACAUUCUACUCAUUAAAAACUACAAUGUUUUAACCUAAGCUGUACGACUACAAGAUAUAAAUUGAAUAAAAUUUUACCACAAUUUUGUUGUAAGAUUUGCCAUGUCAAUUGAGUUUAGAUUGUAACCUCGACUAUUAUCUAGUGAACAAGCCUGCACAACAACAUGCAACCACACAUAUGGGAAAAGAAUUUUACAUUACAGACUGCUCGUUCGGUGUAGUGAGAUUUUCUGCCACUUUUUACACAUUCGUAAGUCCUAAAGAUCUAACUACACUUUUCCUGGUAGAAGUAGUUAUAAUCGUAAUCUAUAAUUAAAUUCCCUGGAUAACUCAAAAUCAAUCUUGGCGUUGUCGAUAUAUUCGUUCUUUUUCCUUCUCUAAAUCCUGAAUUAAAUAACUGUUAAGGAGAGCUCAAGUUAUCCGUCUUUUGUUAUUAUAAAUUGGCCGUCUCUUCAGAUAGUAACCUUGAUGACACUUUCCUAAUUCAUAUUCCUGCAAUGGCCCUUGCUGUUUUCUGAUUAGUUUGAAUCGCUUCUAGUUUGUUCUUGCCCCCUCCAAGGUCAUUGCAGGUUACUACAUUAACUGAUUUGUCCCUUUACAAUUUUUGACUCUUGUUCGGAAUGUCAAGCUAUUCUAAAAGCCCCGUUCUCUCUGUCAGUGUGUAGAUGACUAAUCCUGAAGUCUGACUUUGUGUCAGGCAUCCAAUGCAUUCAUGUCUCCUUCCUUCGUUAUCAGAAAUUUACCGUAGGUCAACCAGAAACCUCGGCGAGACUACAAUCUAUGGGCGACCUCUGAGUGACACUAAACUGACCUUCAGAGUAUCCACUUAAUAACUAGGACCGAAUGAGUGUUAUAAACCAGUGUGAGGAAUAAGAAUUAUGAUUCACAGUCGAUGGUUAAAGUUAGGAAUUAGAUUUAGGGUUUUAUUCACAAACUGACAUAAGUUAUAAUGUUAAAACUAUAUUUAGCCAAAUGGAUGAGUGAAUCUCGCUCCAAAAUCUGAGACCUGUUGUCUUAUACCUGAUUGGUUCGUCCACAAAUUAUAGUCUCGCCGAAACCGCAGUAGAUAUAAUUGCCUAUUUUCGUAUAUUGAUAUUAGAGUAACAUUCUAUGAUUCUUAACUGUUACUCAUGAAGUGCAUUUCUUGUUUAGUUUUCUACUGUAAAUGAUAUUAUUUCAAGUUCUUUCAAUCCAUAUCGUUGAUUUCAUUUGCACUGUUCUGAUGUGUAGUAUGAUAACUUAUUUACUUAAGCAUGUUAUCCCCAAUGUAGCAUAGGCUACCGAAGAGCAUCCUUCAACCCACUCUGUCCUGGAGCUUCGUUUCUAGCUCUACCCAAUCUUUGUUUAUUUUUCUCAUGUCUGUCUCUAUUUCUCGACGUAAUGUGUUCUUUGGCCCUCCUUCGACCUUCACGAUUUUAUGUGAGGGCUUGCUUUGUGACGCGGCUGGUCGCUUUCUUCAAUGUGUGUGCUCUCAACUUGCAGCGCUUCUUCCUUCACUGGAAUCUAGUUUGUUCUCUCCCACAGUAGGUUGCAGCUGAUAGUGUCUGGCCAACGGAUCCGAAACAUUUUGUGUAGACAACUGUUAAUAAACACUUGUAUAUUCUGGAUGAUGGCUUUCGUAGUUCUUCAGGUUUCCGCCUCGUGCAGUAGGACUGUAGUAUGAUUACUUAGGUGUAUAUAAAUGUGUACCAGGUCUUACGCUGAUUUAUGGCUGAGUAAAUGGACUAUCUGGAUAACUUGAUCGUCAGAUCUUAGGUAUCUAAUAGUAUAUCUAAAAAUACCAUAUAAGGUAGUCGUGACUGUUUAGAAUCCCUGGAAGAUAUCAUUUGCCUUAAAUAUACAUUAUCAAUUUAAUUUGAUAGAUUUUCAGCCUUACAAAUAGCUCUCGUUAUUUUUUUGAGUAACUUCGUUUGUCAAGUACACAUCUGCAUACAAAAAAUUGAACUAUAAUUUAGUUCCGAGACCUAGUGAUACUACUCAAUUACUCAAACAAAACAGAUCUAACGAGGUUCUAUACUACGAUUCAUCAGUUGGAACUCGAUUGCUUUACUCAUUAACCGACUAUCUUGUUACUACUAAGUGAACACAGUGUGAUAAUCUGUAGAAAUGCUUACGUUCCAAUUCAAAUCAAUAUCAAACUCUUCUACAGUGUACCUAAAUGUUAGCUUUAUAGUCUUUAGUAAACGGCACAGUAGACAUACGAAUAUUAUUCAUUAUUCGGACGUAUAGAUUGAGCGCCGAGUAUAGAGAAAACAUAAUUUGUGGAAAUUAUGUAUGAAAUAAUUUCAGAGAUUGGUGUCAAUAUCUGAAUAUGAUUAGAUCAGCAUUCAGUACAGAUUUAAUUUGUUUGCUAAAAGUUAUACAGUCUUUGACAACUUAGUUAUUCUGAAGAGGUCGAGACAAGUUUGCUGAGCGAAACACUGAGGUACAGUGGAUAAUUAUUAAACAAAAUAGUGCACAUCGAGUAAUUCGUAUGAAACAUGGUAUCAGAGAAAGCUUUCGACAAACAAGCCAUAAGAACACAGGCAUAUACUGCAUAUCGUCAAAAUAAUUCUAAGGGUACAUUAACUAGCUACAUAAUUCUACUGAUCGACACCUUUAAUGAACUCUUUAUAUUGCUUUCCCUCACAUUCUUCAUAGCUGUUCACUAUAACAUUUCACAUAAGUUUUAGCUGUCAUAUGGAGAGAAAUACGUGACUUUACUUUUUAAUGAUUACUUUUCGCUCAUUUAAUUCAUUGGCGACCAUGUAUCUUUCACUAAACUUAGAGAAAUAUUUGGUAAUAACUAAUAUAUUCUGCAUAAUCUAAGGGUUUUCUCCAGCUUAAAAAAUUCUCGUAUACAAAGCAACCAAGCUGCAGUUAUACGAAGCAUCCAUAGACUCAAAGAUUCAACUUAUAGAAACCUAAAUGAAGACAAAUGGACUGUGUUAAUUUUAAAAUUGCAGAGUAUAACUCCAGGUCACGAACAGACAACAAUGAACUCAGGUCUUCAGUGGCUAAUCCAGACAUUAAUAUAUCCCAACUGUGUAUAUUGACACAUGCUUGCAAGCUAGGUUAUUCAAAACGUACAGCCUGGUACGCAUUUACAUCAGUCCAAGUCGCCAUACUCUAACAGCACAGUGACAUACAAGAACGGUAAAUGUGUAAGGUCAACGUAUUUCUUCAGACAAGCUGGCAGACAACCUCACUAUCACAACAGUCGCAUGCCAAACCAAGGUCAACGACAACAACUAUUUCCGGAGGUCAAUUAGUAUAUCUGUAUCCCAGAACAUCCUGGAGGGUGAACAUUUAAUCUAUACAAAAGAAUCCAAGCCUAAAUGUAGUCUGACCCUUAAUGGUAUGCUAUUUAUAAAGGCAAUUUCAAAGUUGUAUUUAGGUUAAUAUGAAGGUUUUAUACUACCAAAGAGACUGAGAAGAUAGCAAAUGAGUUUCUGUUCAGCCCCAGAUUUAAGUUAGGGUUUCAGUUUAUCGAAAUGGUAAAACUGCACCACUAACCCUAAAAAUUCCAGGGGUUGGUUCAUCAGCACUGGUAACUCUCCCUAGUUUUAGACUACUUAUGCCCUUUCUAGUCUCACUAAGUGUUGGAUCAAGAUGAAGUGAAUAAUAACCACAUAUUGGUUUCCUUGAUAAGUCUGGAUAGUUGCCUACUGUUAUCUAUCGCUGAUGCCUUUUCCGUCUCCUGCUUGCGCUACAUCCCACUGCUUACGAUUAUUGCACAGGUUUUCUAUCAGCCUACCUUUAGGCUGUUUCCACUGCUCAUCGCGUUCGGAACCAGGCGGGGUGAGUUUCCGAGUAAUUAUCAGUUCUGUAGACCCGGCUGAAAUCCACUUCCCCUCCAUAACCUUUUGUUUCGAGUUACUAGUAGAUAUCAUCGGCAUUUCUAAAGCUGAUUGCACACACUAAAUAAACGUUGUUCAAAGCCAUAUGCAAACAAAUAGGCCAUUACAGUCGAUAAAUUAUAUCAGAGACAAAAUCACCAAAGUACAAUAUCUCCCCACUGCUCAUUGCCCACAAAACAUUUGCAGAAUAAACUCGGAAUCACGACAACGCACUUUUCAGCAAUUGCAACGACUUGAGGGUUAAAUACUCAGAAACAAAGAAAACCCAAGUCUGGCUAAGUGAAGUAGAAUGCACCUACGUGUGACGAUUCAGUCACACAAGAACUAUUCAUACCAAACACCAACAGACUCGGGUCUUCAAUGCUUCAUUGAAACGUUGAUAUUCCCCGACUGUGUAUACGGAUACACACACGCAAGCUUAUAAACUAAUCUCACCAUCCCAUCCGUAAAAGCAAUAAGCAUAGAACACCCAGUUUUUAGUCAUUACUCCAACCAAAGACAACAAUAACUAGGAACCAUAUCGCGCCAGAUAUCCUUAUAAGUAUUACAACAUUAUGUUUGUAUAAUGCAAUCAGCAACCCACAACAAGUACCAUCAUCUACUUCGUCUAGGAAAUAUGCCAACUACAAUCCCAUGUCUCCGUAAAAAUUCACCAAGUUGUGUGUCCCAAACAUGGUGUUCGGUAUGGAAAAUCCUAGGCAAGCAGUAGGUAAUUCCAAAUCUGCAGUGUCGGCAACAUCCCGUAUAAAUAAAAGCCAGUAGUUAGACUAACAGUUGAGGGAAUAAUUACGCUUUUAGUGUAACUAAGUUGUUUCAUUGCUUCGUAUAACUAGGAAACUAUACACUUGCGACACUACGCGUUAUCAUUUCAAUCAAGUCCCUCACUGAAAUCACUCGAAAAUCCAACACACUAGAAAUUUCUGCUGGGUAUGAUCAACAACAACAACUUUGCGUACUUAUUCACUUAUUCGAACAUACAAAUAUUGGUACAAUGGGGCACCAGAUACAUAUGUACUACAACUUUACAUCUAAUGCUCAUGUCACUACUCUAUGGAAUAAGACCUUCAGUUCCUUGCAAACUUACGCCCUACCUUCCGUACUCUUCAAUAACUUAACGAGGCAGCACCGAACAUGAAACGUCGCCAAUGAACAUAAAAACAUAGACCAAAACAGACCGGUUCAUCAUAACUAACCAAAUCAUACGAAUAGCCCAAUCGUUAGUGUGUUAGGUCGAAUAAUCAAGUCGCAAACAGACAUACAAAAUGUUUCUCAAUGUACAUCCUUCUGAAUGGUCAUAAUUUAUGUCACAAACAGGAAACUCUCAUGAGAAACCAGAGUGAUAAUAAUAGCCACCAUAGCAGUAUACAAGCAAAGCAAACUAGGCAAAAUACCAAAGGUAGCAGAGAAUACAGCUAAAGGUAUACAAUUUUAGAAUUUAGCAGGUAGGAUAAAAAAUACCUUCAGUACAACUUCUGCUGACUUCAAUCCGCAUCAGUUUAAGGUACAAACAGUUCACAUCUACCUGCCAAACGACAAACAGAGCCCAGGUCCUUCCACUGCCCUCAAAGUCCCAGAAAGUAGACCCAUGGACAAAUCUAUUGUUUUCAUGAGGCUAACCACAGACUUCCAAUGUAGUGUGGAGCUGGUCAGCAUAGCAUGAAUCUGUACAUCACUAGUUAUAACCGCCUCAGCCGGCAAAACAUCCCACAUUUCUAGUAUAUAUUCGUACACUUAAUCAGUAGAUUCAACUAUGUCUAUAACCCCCUCUCAGUGACCUAAACCUACGUAAGUAGUGUAGUUAACAUAUUCACAAACAAACACUUCAAGUCAAAAACAUCUGAAAAGUUAUAUUUCAUACAGAUAACACAACCCAUCACCAACAAAGGCAAGCAUCAGAGAGUAGACACAGCACAUCUCGCUCAGAUAGGAUUUCCUACCAAUAAUGUGUCCAGCAUCUGGUUGUCUCAAGUCACAAGCACUGUUUCAACAGUCCAUAUCAUUCAUCACAUUGCGUUCAGCAAUAUAACAAUUGGCAUACACCUAGAAACAAAACAAAUCUAAGUUAAAAUGAUCAGUUAUUUGUAAUAUCUGACACUUAUAGUAAUAUUCACACGAAAACUAAUCAAAGCACCAAAUAUCUCGUCAAAAACACGAGUAACAGCCGUUAAUAAAGCCCAAACACAAUCUAUUUGCUAAGAUAUACCUCAAACCAACAGACUAACCGGAACGAGACACCUCAAAUGACUAAAGCAGACAACGCAAUGUAUCAGCCUUACUUAUUGAUGCACUAUGGGUCAAACUCCACCUGUCAUGAAACAAUAUUUUGUUAUUGGUUACUGAAAAACGGCCUACACAUUCUCCGUGCUCCGACUACUAUAUCUUCCCACUACCACCCAACAAGAAAAUGUCGUACGACUACUGAAAGCCAACAGUUAGAGGACAGCUGGUAACAAGAUCAACACAUCGGUCGAGUGAAAACAGUUCAAUAUACACUGGAAAAUCACCACUAACAAAGUUCGAUGAAAUAUUCGUAGGUCUGUGGUAACGUCAAAGCGACAUAUACGAAAAAGCCAUGGUCGAGAAACCUACAUCAGGAAAACUUACUCACAGUAGACUGCUGUCCUGAAGCUGUGCACACAAUUGACGCUCAUGCUGCAGAAAACAAUAGAAACAACAACAAAAAUUGACUACGGAUUUUAGGUCUGAGACUAUCCACCUCCUCAUUUCUAAAGUAAAGAGAGAACUAAACUACUAUCCCCGUCAGACAACUUGCAACUACUGAAUUAUAGAUAUGGGGUAAUAUAUUUGGAAGAAUAACACCGCCAUUAUGGACCUCAGCACAUCUUACAACCUAAUGAGUUUUUAGUAUUAUGCAAACAGCUACCCACCUCUGAGACGAGACAUCCCAUCACCAUUCAUUUUAAUCACGUGCAGAAAAACUCUUGGCAGCUAGGUAAGUAAUCAUAAACUAAUAACACCUGAACAUUGGAUAAGAAAAGUCAUAUUGGUCGUCACCCGUUUGACAGUGGAGCCAGUUAUGGAGUACUGUACAGCCCAUGAAAAUGAUAUUUUUGCAAACCUUAACAACCGAGAACUGACUUGAUUACAACAAAUUGCUGCUAAUCAGGUGGGAAUUUCCCAUACAACCUCACUUACAAACCAGUUAAGACAGUUAGUAAGCAAAACUUAAUUGAAAACCUUCCACACUAAGCUCAGUUAACGACCACUCAGACAACAUCCUAAGAAAAAGUC